GCCUCCCCGAGAGACCCGGUUCCCACCUCCCCCGGGCUGCGGCGCAGACACAGACACGGACGCCGGGCAGCGCCAGGGGCAGCCGGGGACCUACCGGGGGCGCGCGGCCGCGGCAUGGGCUCGUGAGGGCCCCUCCCCUCCCCCCCGAGCGAGCCAGCGAGCGGGACAGAGCGGCCCCGCGGGGCGCGGCGGCGCCGGAGAGAACCCGGCCCCGCCGCACGGAAAUUUGAGGAAAACACUCCGUUCCCUCCCCCCUUACAGAAGGGCGGGCUGGGGGGCGGGGAAGAGAAAUCAAAAGGAGAAUUUUCACUUUCCAGGCCUUUGAACUUCUGUUGGCUUGCAAAAAAUUGGCUCAGCUUGGAGGCGGCUCUGUAUUAACCCAGGUGGAACCGCUUCCCAAAAGGCACAAUGAUAGUGGUGACUGGAGUCAUGUCAGCGCCCGAGCUGGGUUCCACUGCCACCACCCCAGUUGCAGCCCCAAACUUCUCCUGGAUGUCUGAUGAUGGCAGCCCCACGGCUAUGGAGCAGCCGAUAUUCCUAAUGACCACUGCUGCUCAGGCCAUCUCAGGUUUCUUUGUGUGGACAGCUUUGCUCAUCACCUGCCAUCAGAUCUACAUGCAUCUGCGCUGUUACAGCUGCCCCAAUGAGCAGCGCUACAUCGUCCGGAUCCUCUUCAUUGUGCCCAUUUAUGCCUUCGACUCAUGGCUCAGCCUCCUUUUCUUCACCAAUGACCAGUACUAUGUUUACUUCGGCACUGUCCGGGACUGCUACGAAGCCUUCGUAAUCUACAACUUCCUCAGCCUCUGCUAUGAGUACCUUGGGGGGGAGAGCUCCAUCAUGUCUGAGAUCAGAGGGAAAUCUAUCGAGUCCAGUUGCAUGUAUGGGACUUGCUGCCUGUGGGGGAAGACGUAUUCCAUCGGAUUCCUGAGGUUCUGCAAACAGGCCACCCUGCAGUUCUGUGUGGUGAAGCCCCUUAUGGCAAUCAGCACCGUCAUCCUCCAGGCCUUUGGCAAGUACCGGGAUGGUGACUUCGAUGUCACCCGCGGCUACCUCUAUGUGACGAUCAUCUACAAUAUUUCAGUCAGCCUGGCACUCUACGCCCUCUUCCUCUUCUACUUUGCCACACGCGAGCUGCUCAGCCCCUACAGCCCUGUUCUCAAGUUCUUCAUGGUCAAGUCCGUCAUCUUCCUGUCCUUCUGGCAAGGGAUGCUGCUGGCUAUUCUUGAGAAGUGUGGUGCCAUUCCCAAGAUCCACUCAGCCAAUGUGUCUGUGGGCGAAGGUACUGUGGCUGCCGGCUACCAGGACUUCAUCAUCUGCGUGGAGAUGUUCUUCGCAGCCCUCGCCCUGCGCCAUGCCUUCACCUACAAGGUCUAUGCAGACAAGCGUCUUGACGCACAAGCCGUUCCAUCGUAUGGGCCAUACGGUCGCUGCGCCCCCAUGAAGAGCAUCUCCAGCAGCCUCAAGGAGACCAUGAACCCUCAUGACAUUGUCCAAGACGCCAUCCACAACUUCUCCCCCGCCUACCAGCAGUACACCCAGCAGUCAACUCUGGAGCACGGCCCUCCCUGGCGUAACGGCAGCCACAUCAUCUCGCGCUCCCACAGCUGCUCGGGUGCCCGGGACAAUGAGAAGACCCUCCUGCUGAGCUCUGACGACGAGUUCUAAGAGAGGCCCCCUCCCCGGAGUUCCUCCCUGAGGCCAAUGGCUGUAACCACCCCAGCGCAGCCUGGAACCUUCCUUCUAUUUAUUGAACCAGAAUCAGAGGUCAUGUCACUUCCUGAAUGGUGCUCAGUGCAGAAUGGGGCACUUCCCCACUUCUCAGUAGCUUUUGUGGGUGUGAGUGUCAUGACUGGGGGUGAGGAGGGGUGUUGGCUGGGAUUUCAUCCUCACAAACCAUUUUCUAAAGCAAAGAUCAACUGGACUAGGUUUUUUCCCCUUCACAAAUAAGUGUUUAAAAAGCACCAAACACACGUGGCGAAGGGGGAGCAGAGCCCUAUGAAAGAGUGGACCCUGUUUUCGUUUUCUUUUUUGUGGAGUGAGGGAGGGGUGUAGGAAAAACUCCAGGAAGUGAGGUCAUAUCCUCCCACCACUGGGCAAGCUUUGUGGAACAUGAUUGGCUGGAAUAAGAAGUGGCCAAAAAAGCUUCUUUCUAGCUGAACAACGACAUUACUUUGUGCUCCAUUUUUCCGUAGUGGUUGAUGAGGACACAACCUGCCCCCAUUGUUCCCCUCUCUACCAGCUCCUCAAUAUUAAUUUCUCUGUACCCUUUGGGCAGCAUGAUAGAGAGACACCUGUACGAAUUCCUGAUGACCGUAUCAGACCAUCAGUCCUAUCUGCUUCUCUGUUCUCUAUGGCCACUGUUGGAGGCCUCAGAAGGGAACCCCCUCCCAUCCCCCAGUGCACCUGAUUAUGCAAUAUUGUACUUUAGAGGUGUGGGGGGAGUAAGUCCUGCAGGGUGGGCUGAUUUGAGCCAUUUUUUCCUUUUAUGGGUGAGGGGUUCUACGAUCGCAUGGAUGGUCAGGCUUUCCGUCUCUCUCUCCUGCAUUAUAGAAGCAGGAUUCCUCCUUGGCGUGUCUGGCUGUCCCUCCUAGUGAGUCUUAGCACCAGCCAUACUCAGUAACUGAAGUUAAAUAUUUGUGGUUAGAAGUUAAUAUAAUAUAUUCAUUUGCAGAAUUCUGGCCCUUCAUUUCCUCCUCUUGGAUUUCUGUGCAGUGGGGAUAUUUUAACUCUGAACAGUCUCUCUCUUAGAUACCCCAUCUCUUCUUUCCAGAGCUGUAUCUUCCAGUUAAAUUCCAGAACAUGCACCUUCCCCACUCUUCUUACAGAUAGCCUUCUGCCAAUCUUGUCCAUUGAUUUGCCUUGUGAAUUGAAGGCAUGUUGCUGCUAGGAUGGGAUGUUAAAUACUCCCUCCUCAUCUUCCUCUUUGUUGUUCAGGGCUUAACUGGACUGGUUGGAGUUGUUUACACACUGCGGCCAGUCUGUCAUGCAUCUGGGUUUCCCAUGAUCCCUCAGGGUGGAGCUGCUACUGCACACGCUAUAAUCCUUGUCGUAACUGAUGCAGUAAAGGCUUGAGCCAAAGGCCAUUGAAGUCAAUGAGAUUCUUUCCAUUAACUUCAGUGGGCUGUGACUCUGGCCUUAAAGGUCCAGCAAGAGUGAGGAGAAAAAGUCCCCCGGAAGAGCCAAAAAUCUUGCCAGGCACCAAGAAAUGCAUCUUAUUGGACUUCCCUUCUGCUGUGGUUACAUGUGCCUGCAUUAAAACAGCCCACCGAAAGGGAACUGAAACCAGGAGGUUAACAUUAAGCUGCUGCUUUUCUCCCAGCUGGGCCUCUGUUCAUUCCUUCCGCUAUCGCUAGGACCAGUUCUAAGCUGCUAUUAUGGCUUGAGGCCCCUUGGCUAGUUGGGGUCAGCAAGCACCCGCUCUGUUAUCGUGUGUCUAGCCCCUCAGCUGGAGAGGCCUGAUGGGAGGAACUAGGGCUUGACUUCUUUUGCAUGUGGCUUCCCUUUCUCGUCUGUGCCUUAAUUUUCACACGCAAAGACCCCAGCAGCAGCACCCUCGGAAACAACCAAUUCAGAGGCCUUUCUGGUUGGGGGAGAAUGGAUGCGGGCUGGAGGUGAGCCUGUUUCUCCUUGGGAUGUCAAUGCAGGGGUGGUUUGCGCUCCCCUUUUUGCUAUUGAGAAUAUGCUAGAGGAGAGGUGGGUCUGUUCAGUGCAACACCUUCCGCUCCCCUACCACAAAGCUGCCAAAGGGCCUGGGGACAAUGUGGGGUGGGUGGGUUCUCUGAGGGGGUGGGAGAUGGGAACAGGAGGUCUAAAAGCAAAUGGGCUUCUGUAACUGCUAGGUUCCCCUCAACUUUAGUCCCAUGCAAUAUAGUGUGCUGCUUUUUUUAAAAAAAAAAAAAAUCAGUCAUUGCUAAACUGAAACAAAACACGCACUAAUUUUCAGGCCUUUCUCCACCUGCAAUCCUACUGUCAUGCAGGGCUGAAGUUCACACAGGCCUUCUUUCCAACGACCUUCACUUCACAGCCACCCCUCAUCUCUCUCCUUACUUAUUUUAUAUUAACUCUUUUUUGGGCGCACACAUCCCCGCCUCUGUUUCUGCGGGGCUGUCCGGUCCCUCUUUUUCCAGCUGCCACAUGUCCCCAACCCCCCAUCCCACUUUAAUUUAUUUGUGGUGAGUCUCCUGAUGUCCAUCCCUUGGGUGGAAGGAGGUGGCUGAAGUUUGGAGUGGCCUGGGGAGGUGCCCUUGACCCUGAGAUGUUCCAGCUUUGGGGACAGGUGGUUUUUUAUUUCGUUUUAUUUUAAAGCGGAUGCUGCAUAUGCUGUGUUUAGGAUCUGGAUAUUCUUGAAGCUUCCUGUGCUUAGUGGUUUAAAGUAUAACACUUUUGGGACUAGCCGCCUUUGGAAAAAAACGAGGAAUUUGGUAGGCAAUUGAGCCACCUCACAGCCAGCUGCCAUAUAUCUGUUUUUAGCACUAUACGAAAACCUCUCUGCAAAGCUUGCUGCUCUCCUUCAAGAUGGGCAAGUGACGGAACGUGACAAUGACUGGCUGGCUAAUAAGAAACAAUAUUCAAUAAAACUCAGUGCUGGAGGUCUAGGCUAAUUGGCCCAGUGAUCACAUGUAUCCAGCUAAUGGUAGCCCAGAACCCUAGCACCCAGGACAGCCCCAUCAGUAGGCCCUCAAUGCUGCCCUCUCCCUCUCCUGCUCUCCCCCUUCCCUUUUUUACCAUGUAACAUACCCAUGGGAUUUGUUUAUUAUUUUUCCAUAUAGAGUAGUUCUUUGUAUAUAAAUGGCUGGGGGGAAAUGUAUGAUAAAUAAGACAGAGUCACCUAGUUUUGUACUUCUCGUGUAUAACUGAUGUGAGCUCAGCAACAAGCCGCUCUCUAUUUUGGUCUUUGUGAUGUUAUAAUACUCUGCAGAAACAAGCAAAUACAAUGACAAAUAAAAAUAUAUAGAUAAUAUAGAUUGUACUUAAA